UUGCGCAGGUAAAGACAGUAAGAGGUGUGAACAAAGCACAUAGUACCUGGAUGUGUACAGUGACACUCUUCAUUCGAUGCCAGACAGCUCGCCAGUUCUGGGUACACAGGGUGUGACAGUACAGUUCGCUAAUGUGGCGGUGACGAGUUGCAUGUAGUCGUCGCCACCACACGCUUGUCGAGGCUGUUCUGUUUGUGGUGGUGAGACAACGAUGGUGUCACCUGUGGAUUGACAUGCUGUCGGCACCAGAGUCAUCACACACAGAGCCUGACACCAGUGUCCCCCUGGCGUCGGGACAGGUGUCCACGACGGAGGACACAGAACAGGAGGAGGGCAAGGGGAAGCAGGCCGCCAUGAGUUUGAAGAAGAAAGGCAGUUCCAUCACAGGGAAAUUGAAGAAGGCUAAGAACAAAAUCACCGCGCUGAAGAAAAUCAGCAGAAGAGAAAAACAUGGCCACACAGGCUCCUCGCAGUCCGACCCCAGUCCUGCCUACAGUGACCCCCAUGACGUCACUGACGGCCUCUUUCGACCGCCAUCUCCAGAUCUGGACAAUAUCUUCUACGACGAAGACGACGACAACGACAACUGGCCGAACAUUGACCUGAAACUUGAUGACACAAAUAUCCUGGAUGAGAUGCAACAAGAUUUAAAUAAGAAAGGCGCCUCUGUAUUGCUGCGUGUUGACAAACCGGAGCGCGUCAAGACACGUGACAAGACCGAGAGGCUGCAGGUGCGGACUGGCGAGCAGGAGAGCCUCAGGCACUAUGUCCACAAGUUAAAGCAUCCCGAUCUCAGGGGAGACGAGCGUUUGAAGUUGCUGAAGUCGCUUAACUCCUCCUUGAACAGCAGACCUGUCAGUGUGUUUCGCGAGUCAGUCAGCAGCGAGGAGGGUCUCAUGGACGCCAUUUUGUGGAAUCUGGAGCGUCUGUGUGACAGUAAGGACGAAAGGGAAAGUACAUACGAGUGCGUCCAUUGUUUGAAGGCUUACAUCAACAAAUUUGGUCUGAAUGAAAUUCUAGCGCACCCGAACGCUAUCGCCAUUUUGUGUCGAUCGUUUACCGUUGCCGACCCGCUCACCUGCCUGGUCACCGCGGGGAUGCUGGCUGCACUGUGCAUAGCUCCUCCAAACGGACAUGAGAAGGUUCUGGAAGGCCUGACCUUACAGGGCAACGCGCUGGGCGAGGAGAGGUUCAAGACGCUGGUCCUGUGCAUGGGCAUGAGAGACAAUCCUGCCAUUCAGCUAGCGUGUAUUCAACUAGUGAAUGUCAUCAUCAGUACUCCUGAUGACCUGGACGUUCGAAUUCACCUUCGCAGUGAAAUCAUGAGAACAGGGAUGGUGGACCUCAUUAAAUGGCUGGAAAGUCUCAAGGACCAAGACCCUGAGAGAGACGAGCAGCUGAGGACACACCUCCAGAUCUUCAGCGAAGAUCAGGAGAAGGACCGCGAAGAGCUGGCGAUGCGCUUCAACAAACUAUGCGAAGACAUGGAUGACCCCGAGUUAUGUUUCAAGCUGCUGUAUGAGAAUGUCAAGGGGACCGAGGCCGAGUCUCACUUCCUGUCCAUCCUACAACAUCUAAUGCUCAUACGGGACGACAGUACCGCCAAACCACUGUACUACUCGCUGAUAGAGGAGUGCAUCGCACAGAUCGUUCUGCGGAAGAAUGGAGUAGACCCUGACUUCCAGUACACUCGCCGCUUCGACAUCGACUUCGAGAUCUUCGGUGAACUCACACAACAGGCAAAAAUAUUACACUCAAAACUGGAAAAAGCGGUGGAAGCCACAAAAGACUCAGAAGCCAAGGUUAAGAACCUGGAAUACAAGAUCAAACAACAUGAGUCGGAGAUCGCCAGACUCAAGGGACAGGGGCGGGAGGACGCAGCUUCUGGAUUGAGAAGGACGCAUUCGAACAGCAUUCCGAUCAGGUCGUCUUUGCAGCCUCCUCCACCUCCGCCUCCUCCUCCACCACCACCUCCUCCUCCUCCUCCACCCCCAUCCCAACACGCUGAUAAUGCCUCAUCCCUGAGCACAAGCAGCUCAUUGUCAGCUUCCAAUACAUCACUUCCGGCAGACGGCAACCAGCUGCCGCACGGCAUGAGGCCGAAGAAGCAGUAUAAGGUCACGGUGCACACCAAACGUCUGAACUGGAGAAAGGUGCUGCCCGGUGAAGUACACAGCUCUUCCCUGUGGGUCAACAUCAAAGACGAAAGUUUUGAAGACGCUGAACUGUUUCAAAAGCUGGAAACUACUUUCUGUACCAGUGGUGGAACAGCUGUAAAAGAAGCAGCGGACGCAGAUUCUAGACAAACCAAGAAGAUUGCAGAGUUGAGAAUCUUAGAUAACAAAAUUGGCCGAAACCUGUCCAUCAUGCUGGGCUCCAUCAAGGUGCCGUACGUGGAGAUCCGGCGCCGCGUGCUGAAGUGCGAGCCGCAGACCCUGACGGCCGACACGCUGGAGCAGCUGCUGCGCAACCUGCCGGACGAGGAGCACAUGAAGGAAAUCGCAAAGCUCGGGGACGAGUACGACGAGCUGGACGAGGCUGAGAAAUUCGUCUUCGUGAUGAGCUCCGUUCAGCGUCUGUCUCAAAGGCUGGAGUCCAUGCUGUUUCAAAUGAAAUUUCCGGAGAUGAUUGACACAAUCACAGAAAACCUUCAGUGCGCCAUUAAGGGAUGUGAGGAAGUGAUGAACAGCACCAAGUUCAAACAAGUGCUAGAGUUGGUGCUCUUGAUGGGCAACUACCUCAACACCGGCUCUCGCAAUGCACGUUCCAUUGGCUUCGACAUCGGCUUCCUGGCCAAGCUGGAGAACACCAAGAGUCAGGACGGCAAGAUGACCAUGUUGCACUUCCUGGCGCAAAUCAUGGCGGAAAAGUACCCGGAUAUGCUGGGCUUCAUGGAGGAGACCGUUCAUGUGGAGAAAGCAGCUAAAGUGUCCAAGGAGACGGUGCAGACGAGCCUGAGGCACAUGGAAAAACAGUUCGCACAGGUGCGGCAAAACAUCAAAGACAUCGGAUUUGAGGACGCGGAUGACCGCUUCUCGAAUGUCAUGGGAGAAUUCCUAGCUAGCGCCACAGAGCGGCACAAGGGUGUCACGAUCAAGUUCAGGAAGUUGGAGAACCACUACAAUGAUCUCUCCCAGUUCCUUUGCUUCAACCCCAAAACCUACACCAUGGAGGAGCUGUUUGCAGACCUUGUCACCUUUAAAGAGCGUCUCCAGGUAGCCAUGAAGGAAAACGCUUUUGCCAAAGAGAUUCAAGAAAAAAUUAAGCGAGCGAAGGAGGCGAGGGAGAAAGCCGAGCAGGAGAAGAAAGAAAAAAGGAAACGUCAGCAGCAGCUGCUGGAAAUGGCAGGAGACGAUGAGUCAGAAGGUGUGAUGGACAGUUUGCUGAUGGCUGUCAAGACAGGCUCCGCCUUCGGCAUCGGCGGCGACAGACGAGAGGGAAGACGACGAAGUUCUCGCUCAAGCGACGCUGGAGACUCGGAAGUACCUGUUCCCAAAGCUCGCUCGAGGAUAUCCAAGCAACAAAAGGAUGCGUUGUCAGGGGAGCCAAGUGCUAGCAGCAUCCACCAGAGGGUCAACCCUGAUUUAUAUCUGUGUCGCGAUAGGGAAACGACUGCGCUGUCGCCAUCACAAAAUCAGAAAAAAAUAACAAAACUGUGAGGAGAGUAGUGUCCCGACUGCAUGACCUGACUUUGUGUAAACUGGAAACAAGGGUGUGAGUAACCGCGAGUUAAAGUUAACGAAGAGUGUCAUACAUCAAAAGGUCACACCCUCACCACUCUGACCCGCGACAUUAACUCGUUCUUUCUUUCACCUUACAACAAAUGAUCUGACAGUAGUUUUUUUUAAUUAUUAUAUCUAUUAACAGAUGAAUAGUUAAACUCUUUUACCAACCCAAAUCUAGGGAAGGCCACCGUGGAUGAUUAUCACACUCAGGAAAAUAGUUCCUUACGAGGUGAACUGUUUUAUCUACUCAGUUUUGGAAUAUUACUCUUGGCACACGGUACCUAUAUCCCCUUCUCUCGUUGGUUAUCAGAUCCACAGAAAGGUUUGUCUACUUCUGUACUUCUGUCCGACGCCGUCCAUACACUGUCCCUCAAAUACACAAAGUAAUAUCACUGGUCACUUCAACAAAAUCCAGCGACAACACUCGCCUCAGCGGGUUUUCACUAAAUUAACAAAACCUUCUUUUCUCAACUUUCUUGCAAAGCUCUCCUUCGUCUGAUAGCAGAAUCAGAAUUCACAGAAUUUCUUUAUUCGUAGAAGGUUUUCGACAGGGAGAGUUUUGCAGCUACACACAACCAUGUUCAGCUCCUCCCCUCCUCUCCCUGCAAUCCAGUGGGGCAACCGGUAGCGCCUGUCAUCAAUACACUGAAGGUUGGCUGCCCUCGGUUCAACUCUCGUCUCGGGCACGCUUUUCUUUCUUUACAUGUGGCAUCUGUUUACAAGGCUGUCUGCCUUGCCCUGAUAUCUUUAGCUGCUGACUCGGACUAAAACACUAAAUGCCCCACUCUCCCUCCCUUUCCCUCCCUUCCGACAAAAAUCUGUUGAACUCAUUCACCCUAUAACACUUAUUAUUAACAUAUGUAGUACACUAACACAUAUAAUACAUUAACACGUGUAAUACACUAACAAGUGGACCGCAUGCCCGCGUUCUUUCGUGUGCAUGAUUGCAAUGAGAUUUGUUUACUUGUACUCACGUGUAUACAUGUAGGUCGUUAUUAAAAGAUGUAAACAUCUACCCGAACUGGAUUAUACACACUUACAACAUAAGCAGAACAUUUUGCUGUCUCACACUCUCGCGAUGUCCAGUUGAAAAAAAUUUGUCUGUGAAGGUAAUCACAAUUAAGAAAUAUUUGUAAGAGGAUAAUCAUGCCAUUAAGAAGUUAAUCACAAAUAACAAAUACGAAGCAAAAUAAAAAUGCAAACAGGAGUUUAGAAAAUACAUUUAGACAUGCUUUACUUGACAUGGACGUCUCAAGCCUACUGCAGCAACACCCGUACCUCAACAACAAUUUCGUAUUUAAUUUCUAUUGGCGAAUCACGGCCUACGCAUUAUGACACUUU